AAUGACUUUUGGCCACAGAGGAGAUACUGCGCAUGGCUUGAGUGACUGCUGAACAGGGCUAACGGACAGACCAGGAUGACACAGGAGAUAGAAGAAACAGUGCGCGUGCUCAAACACCAGAACUCACUGAAAACCCACCUGUUCCAUCUGGUGCACGUCAACUACUACUGCAAGGAUAGCAGUGGCAGGUACCUGGGCUGUGAAAUUGCUCUUGCUGAAUUCAGUUUUGUGGACGGUGUUAGGAAGUCUUUGCAUACAUUCAUUAACCCCAAUCAGAUUCCUCUUGGCUAUGCUUAUCUGGAAACUAAACCUGCAACAGGAAUUCAUUUGAUUGCAUUGCCUGCAGAUGAUUUUGGGAGUGAGUCAGAUCAUCUGGAAAUGCUUGGCAACAUCAGAUUAUUUCUAAUGGGAGAGGACGGAGACAAAACAAACCUCCUGCAUUUGUAUAUGCGACCAGGAGAUAUCAAAGCGGUUGAAAGCGUUUUGUGGCAACUGAAUGAGCGCCCUGGUCUGCACAUGAAUGCAGGAAGAGACAGCUUCUGCAUAUACUCUGUCUGCAAACUGUUUCACAAACUCCAGAAUACAAGCAUGGGUGUUCCAAGUGAAGUAAUCUUGCCUUCCAGCUUCUUGGAUGAACAUGAUCUGAUUAAUGACACCCCGGAAUUUGUGGAGGGAAUCUCAUGCUUCUUCCAUGAGGAACUAGAAGCAAUGCGAUACUGCAGUCUGUCGCAUAUGGAGAGGUGGAGUUUCCUCAUUAUGGAAGAGUGCUGUGGGCUGCUGGCGAUAGAAAUUGUUUCAGGAAAGCAUUGCGAUUUAAGCACCUAUCUUACCAAGAGAGCGAGAGUUGUGUACCUGAUUUGGUGCUGGAAUCCAAAGAAUAAUUCCAAGAAACAAUAUUGAUGCAGAAUAAACCAAUGCAACAAAUGAGAGCAGACGAGAUGUCCGGUCAUAGUGGCUGCGGACCCUGUGUCCUCCCCGCAGACCCAGAGACCUUAUUGAAGUGAACUUUAUGUGUACCAUCUUCAAGCAGAAAGGAACAACUGUGUGACAUUAUGGCACCAUGUCACAAUCUUCUAAUC